AUGCGAGGUCGAGCGAUCCAACGCGGUAGGGGCCGCAGUCGAGGCCGAGGCCGAAGUUGGCCAGCGAAUUCUCACGCGCUCAGUGAGGUUCACCCAACAGUUCAUAUUGAUAAGGAGAUUAAGGAAUAUGUUACCAGCUCAGAUCACUCUGGUACGCCUGGAACUUGGACAGCUAACCCUGAACUGCCAUCUUCUGAGGAGAUUCUGGGCCUUGACGAUGAAGAAGUGAUCUCACUUGGUGUCAACCAGAUUUACGGCCCUUGGCCAUCAAAGGAUACUUAUCUCAAGACUCACUACGAGCUACUUCGUGAGGAUGCAGUUGCGCCGUUAAGAGAUGCAGUUGCAUAUUUUCGUCAUGAUCCAAAGAUGUCUGACUCAUCUCAAUGCUGUAUUUAUGAAAAGGUUCAUAUCGUUGGGGUGACGUUUGCACAAGCUGGGAUUGCCGCUAGGAUCCAAUUCUCGACUUUCAGAGCGGGGAAAAAAAUUGUGUGGGAAUACUCAAAGCGUCUAAUGACAGGAAAUAUUGUUGCAUUAUCUCCAGCAAGUGAUUCCUUCCAGAACAAAUGCAUUGUAGCCACAGUUGCAGCGAGGCCAUUAGACGGCUUGAAGGCUUCCCCGCCGGAGGUCGAUAUAUUUUUUCCGCGUCAUGAAGACUUCGAAUUUGAUUAUCAACAGGAAUGGGUUAUGGUAGAAGCCCGAACUGGGUACUUCGAAGCUUCCAGGCAUACCCUAAGUGCUCUACAGAAGAUGUCAGGCGAGAGCUUUCCACUUUCAGAGCAUAUCUGUGACCUUAAGCCUUCAAUCGAGCCUCCCCAAUAUAUAAAAGAUGAUCCAUUGGUCAAGAUGUCCAGCGUGCUACCUUCUAAGGAUGGAGACCUUCAAAAGGUUAAUACUAGUAUCGGAUGGCCUGCCCACCCCGAUACUUUGGAUUCUUCUCAGUGGAACGCUCUGCAGCAAAUACUGACCAAAAAACUAUCAAUUGUUCAAGGACCCCCAGGUACUGGAAAAACUCAUGUAUCCGUUGUGGCGGUAAAAGUGAUGCUAGAAAACUUUCGCCAGGGUGAUCCCCCCAUAAUCAUCGCCGCACAGACUAACCAUGCUCUGGACCAGCUGCUUCGUCACAUAUCAAAGUUUGAGCAAAGCUAUGUUCGGCUUGGUGGAAGAAGCACAGAUUCUGAAAUCAGGACACGUACCGUCUUCGAAUUGCGGAAAAAGAACAACUUGCCAUCUGUUAUUGGAGGAUGUCUUGUCCCCGCGAGAAAAGAGUUACGCGACCUUACAGAUCAAAUUAUUGAACUUCUUUCUCCAUUUCGAGCAGAAAACUCACACUCACCUCUACAACCAUCGCUGUUUUUAAAAUUGGGAAUUAUCUCGAUAGCCCAACACGACUCGCUCAUUAAAGGAGCAGCGGGAUGGAUACGAGCAGGCGAUCAGACCGAUCCAAUGUCAGUCUGGUUGGGAGAUGCGCUGACAAAAUUCGAAUUGGUGUACAGACAAGAAAAUUUCGGGUUUUCUGAAGAAGAAAUUGACAUGGAGUAUGAGCAGCUGAAGGAACUUGAGGCUGAACAUGGUCUGGAUGAUGAUGACUAUGAGGUCCUGAAGGGUCAAUUCCUUGCUUUGAGGGAGCUAUUUACAACUAGAGGACCUCGCACGUAUUCUGAGAAGUCCAUUGAAACCGGUUAUAUGAAGUAUGAUGAUAUGUGGAAGAUCCCCAGUGCCGUGCGUGCUGCAACUUAUUCGGUCCUUCAAAAACGGGCAAAGGAAGCCAUUCGUGAAAAAGUUUGUCAUAUUCUCAAGAAGUACAAUGUGGCAUGCAAAAACGCAAAGAUCGGGAAAUGGGAAAGGGAUUCUCUAAUACUGCGGGAUUCACGAGUAGUUGGUAUGACUACUACAGGUUUGAGCAAAUACCGCGCUCUUGUUUCUAGCCUGCGGCCCAGAAUCAUUCUUAUUGAAGAAGCGGCUGAGGUUCUAGAAGCUCCUGUGGCUGCAGCAUGCAUGGAAUCCUUGCAACACCUUAUCUUAGUUGGGGACCACCAGCAACUUAGGGGCAGUUGUUCUAUGCAGGAGCUUGAAGGUGAACCCUUCUACCUGAACAUCUCAAUGUUCGAGAGGCUUGUUCGAAACAAGAUUCCGUUCAAAAGAUUGACCAGCCAGAGACGCAUGGCUCCAGAGAUUCGCCGCAUCCUCUCACCCAUUUACGACGAUCUAAACGACCAUCCCAGCGUUCUAGACCGCAAAGAUGUGCCAGGGAUGGGAGGAAUCAACUCUUACUUUUUUACGCAUGAGUGGACUGAAUCCUCUGACAGCUUGUCGUCAAGGUACAAUCAGAAGGAAGCAAAGAUGAUUGUAGGCUUCUAUGUCUACUUGCACAUGAAUGGUGUACCUUUAGAGGAUAUUACCAUCUUGACGUUCUACAAUGGGCAACGGAAGCUCAUUCUCAAAGCGUUGAAAGAAAAUAAACUUUUCCAAGGCCAAUACACAAAGGUGGUCACUGUCGAUUCCUACCAAGGAGAAGAGAACGAAGUUGUGAUUCUAUCUUUGGUUCGGAGCAAUGAAGCAGACAAUAUUGGUUUUCUUGCAAAUGAGAAUCGCGUUUGCGUUGCGUUAUCCCGUGCCAAACGAGGAUUUUAUAUUUUUGGGAAUGCUGAAUCUCUUGCUAUCACUAAUGGUUUGUGGUGGGAAGUAUCACAAAUUAUGAGAAAAACACCAAAACGACUGGGAUACUUCCUUCCUCUGAUGUGCAAAAAGCAUGGGACCAAGACAUUAAUCAGUAGUAUGAUGCCACAUCCUUUGAAUAUAAGCUCCAAUCCAAAUCAUGCUAAUGCCUAUCUCUAG